AUGGUUGUCAUAAGGACCAAAUCAAAGAUCUCGGCGCCGAGAUCACUUGCUCAGCCAAUCACGUCAUUUUCAAUCCCGACAAAUAGUGCAGAAAUUGUCUUGGACGAGUACCUAUCCAACGGCGGGAUUGUGAUUACCUACGGCAUCCCGGAGAAGUUGCUAGCUACCAAUCCGGAAGACCACCAACCCUACGACAUGGCCAGGGUGCCCGUUUUUCAGGGUAAGAAGAGGCUAGGGUAUGUCCCGCUGCCGAUCAGGUACAUGGGCCUGUGGCUGGAGCUGUGCUACUAUAUCGUGUUAUAUACCGAGGUUUGGAAACUUUGGAAGCGUGAGGCUGAAAGGGGGACGAAGAAGCAGAAAGACAAGGCUACAAUUUGCAGACAGAACUGCGGGACGGUCCUCGUCACUCACAUUCAGGCAAGACUUCUGGUGGUGGAUCAAUUGGUGGGUCUGCAUUACCACAUAAAGCCUGCAGCAGAGCGCGUCAAGAUACUGGACGAAUGGAAGGUCCGGUCCCUCCGCGACUGGUUGAACAAGGACUUCGCAUUUGCCAAGGAAGAAGGACCAGAGUUCUUGCUAGCGGACCCCCUCAGUGCCGAGAACAAAGCAUUUUUCGAGCAGGACUGGGUGAUAGCCGAAGAGGGCCUCGAUCUGCUGACGCCCCCGGUAGACACGCAGCAGUGGAUCAAAGGUCUUCCCGAAAGCUUUAAAGAGACUUUUAACAAGAUCAUCAAGCCGCAGGCAUAUGGGGAAUUGAAGAACCCCAGCAAAUUCUUCGACACCUGGCAUGAGGAAGGGGCGGCGUUACCAGAACGCUGGCAUGAGGGGCAUGAAACUCGCCCAUACUUCUGGUCAAAGAAACAGUGGCAUUGGAUGGCCAAAGGAAAUAACUUUCGGAAGGACCCCUUUAGCUUUGUACAUUUUGUCCUGUCGUCAUCGCCAGCGUGUGAGGAAUUCCAUCACUUCUUGGCCGACUUGAAUUCAAUUUGCAACAUCCUAAUCUCGGAGCCUGACUGGGCGGAAGUGCAACAGGCGGCUAACGAUCUGUGGAUGGGGGAGAUGACCUGGAGGGACUUUGUGGAGAAGUUCCAGAAGAUGUGGGCGUUGGAAGGCAGUAUCAGCGGUCCUUGGCAGAAAAAGGGUAUAUUUUUCUCGCCCUUCACCUCUCUCAUACAAAUCAAUGAUGUUUGGCUUCAUUACAGACGACAAAAAUCCUUUCAACACCUUCGAAGCUCGAUUGCUCCUCGAGGGAUACCUGCGGCGGGGUAUGAAAUGCUGGAAGACGAUCAGGAUUGGGAAUGGGAUCUUCACGACCAGAUCCUGUGGCAAGGCCUGCGGAGAAGUAGCGAUAUGGAAGCAUACGGUGUGGGCUGGGAAUGGGUCGUGGACCAAGUUGUUUUGGCCAACACAACUGUCGAGGGCGUUUUAGACGAUGCUGGCCCUUGGUGGAUCGAUUUCAAACACAAAAGACACUGUGACCAAGCAGAGGGGCUCAUGGAUCGGGAUAUGGACGGCGAGGGAUCGCCUUCUAGUCAUUCCAGACAGGAUGGUGGUAAUAAGGCUACAAUUGGAGGGGAUGGUCGCACCAGGCACGGCACUCCUCCCCCUCCCCCCUCCUGCUCCUGCUCCUCCCCUUGCUCCUGCUCCUCCCCUUGCUCCUCCCCCUCCCCCUCCCCCUCCCCCUCCCCCUCCCCCUCCCCCUCCCCCUCCCCCUCCCCUCCCCCUCCCCCUCCCCCUCCCCCUCCCCCUCCCCCUCCCCCUCCCCCUCCCCCUCCCCCUUCCCCUUCCCCUUCCCCUUCCCCUCCCCACCCUCCGCUUGGCAAUGCAGCUGCAGAUCAGGCUCCCCAUGCCCCCCCCCAACAUGUCCCAGUUCCAGAGGGUGCCACUGCUGUGGCCGCUGUGGAAGGGGAGCAUGCUGUUCAGGGUAACACGACGGGAGGCAGUGCUACUACUGGGGCUCUCGAUUACGCUGGUCCCACGAUGAUUGUCGUCGAUGGCUUGGGUAGGUAUAUUCGGGGACAUGAGACCUUGGACGGGUAUGGAUUGUCCCUGAGGAAAGCCUACCCUGGCCCCGAGUAUGAGUCCGCCAUUGCAGGCUACCUGAAGGAUGUCAGCACCAUCUCCGUGGCGCAGCUGGAAGGCGGCGUCAUCAACGAAGAAUUCAAGGGGCCGGCCUUCCAACUGCCCCUCAAAGUGUUUGUUUCCCAGGUCAACACAAUUGCAGCUAGGUUAAUGGCUAAUGAGUGGCAGAAGGGCCUCCUGUGA